AUGGACGAGGACUCGGACACGAGAGAGAUCGUAGCUGCAGACUCACUGAGUCCGGUGGAGGAGCAGCAGGAGGUUCAGGUGGUGAAAAGCCGCUCUUCGCCAUUUACAUGUCCGCUUUCUAUAACAGUCGAGCCGGUGCUCUUCCUCUCCACCUUCUCACUGGCACUGCAGAUGCCCCUUUACACUCAGUACCUGUGGGAACGUAUAAGCGAGGAUUUAGGCUACAACGGGACGAAAGGAGGAGGAGGAGGAGGAUGCGGCAACUCGUCUGCUCCACACGACGGACUUCAGAAGGAUGUGGAGACUCUGACAGCACACUGGAACCUGUAUAUCAAUCUAGGAGGUUUUCUUGUAGGCCUUUUUGUUGUGAUUCUUCUGGGUUCAUGGAGUGAUCGCGCAGGUCGCCGCCUUGUCCUGAUUCUUCCCAGUCUGGGUCUGGCCAUCCAGGCUAGCAUUUACUUGAUUGUCAUGUACCUGAAGCUGCCAGUGGCGUGGUUUUUGUUGGGCCGGAUCUGCAGUGGCCUCUGUGGGGAUUUUAAUGCAAUCUUGGCUGGCUGCUUUGCUUAUGUGGCGGAUACCAGUGACAGGCACUCUCGGACCUUUCGAGUGGCAAUACUUGAGGCAUGUCUGGGUCUCGCUGGCAUGUUUGCAAGUAUAAUAGGUGGCAAAUGGAGACACGCACAGGGGUAUAUCAACCCUUUUUGGCUGGUUCUGGUCACAAAUCUGGUCACUGCCCUAUACGCCUACCUCUUCGUUCCUGAGACUGUAACUCCUGAUCCUGCAGCCAAGCUGUUCUCCACCCAGCAUCACAAAGCUGUUUACAGACUGUAUACGACUGGAGGGCAGGGAGGGUACAGGACCAGGCUAUGGCUUUACUCACUUUGCUUUUUCCUGGUGGUCACUGUGCAUUUUGGCUCGAGAGAACUGUAUGUACUCUACGAGCUGAGCACCCCUCUUUGCUGGGACUCGGAGCUGAUCGGCUAUGGCUCUGCAGCUCAACACCUGGCAUACCUGAGCAGCCUGCUGAGCCUGAGGCUUUUACAGCACUGCAUCGAUGACUCCUGGGUGGCUAUCCUGGGCCUGAUUUCCAACAUAGCUGGCUUGGUGGUGUUUUCAAUAGCGGACACAACAGCUCUUAUGUUCACAGGGUAUGGGCUGUGUUUCCUCCUGAUGGCCUCCACUCCAGUCCUGAGAUCCAAACUGUCUAAACUGGUGGACCCUUCAGAGCAAGGUGCUCUGUUUGCUUCAGUCGCUUGUGUAGAGGGCCUGUGCUCACUGGUAGCCAGCGGAAUUUUUAAUUCUUUGUAUCCCGCCACCUUACACAUACUGAAGGGCUUUCCUUUUCUCUUCGGAGCCAUAAUCCUCCUCAUCCCUGCUGGAAUUAUUGGGGCCUUGUGGUGCCAAGAGCGAAGGGUCAACCACAGGGAAAAUGGACUGAAAUAAUAUUUUCUAUGCAAGAUUAAUGGCACUGAAAUGGUCAGUGAUAAUUAUGAUUGUUGCUACAACAUAUUUGGUUGUUUUUUCAUUACAUGUACCUAGAAGUUUUAAUUUAUGCAGUAUUACAAUGAAUAAAGGGAAUUGUGUCAUGUCAAAAAGUACAAAACAAUCUAUUUUUUCAAUAUUCACCUGUUUUUUUUUUUUGGAUGGCACUUGGGUGUACUCAGCCAUUUAAGUGUUUUUGCAUUAAAGGUGUAAACAAAGCUCAUCAGAAGACCAUCAAAAUUGUCUGGUGGCGUUUCUGAUGGUUUUAUAUUUGUCCAAGAGUGCUGACUGUCCUGGAUCUUCCUUUACAAGAUUUGUGAGAUCAUGCUGAGAUAAUAUGGAACUUGGAUAUGGAACUUCUGGAGUCCAAACCAGUUCAAGUGUAUGCUGUCAUUGGAUCAAAAUGAUAGCACAAAUAAAUGCUACAAAAUGCCAAGGAAUUUAAAAAUGUGUGUUUUUUCUAAAAUGUGUUUUUAAAGCCUAGGCUAAAGCUACUUAGCGCUAACCCUAUGCUUUUAAUAUCUAGCUUAUUCAUUACUUUAUGGCUGUUGCACAAUCUGGCAGUUUAUCGAUCUUAUACUGAGACUCGUGCCAAAUCCUGUCUAAAACAGCUUACUGAACAGAGCUUUGUCACUGGUGUCAGUUUUUUCUUAACUUUGGAGUAUAAAAAGUUUAAACAUUUUCUAUUUUUAUGACUUUAUAAAUAUUUUAUUGGAUCAUUAAACUCCUGCGAAAACAGUGUUUCUACACAGUGGAAUUGUUUUUUUAUUAAAAUAUCCAGC